GUAUAGAACCAGACCAUACUGAAACCACCCAUCAACCUGUGGACGAUCGUCUGAGGCACACAAGUGGAAUUGGACAUGGACGCUGAAUCCGUUGUCGAACGUAUCUUCAAGCUCUUCGAUGACCAUGGCAGUGCGGAUUACAUAGGAGAACCGGUGUCACAGACAGAACACAUGGUGCAGUGUGCCAUGCAUGCCGAGAAAGAUGGCUUCCCACAGGAGGUAAUAAUAGGUGCGCUUCUCCAUGAUAUUGGGCAUCUUCUCGGCAGUGAACAAGGCCUGGCUCGAAUGGAAACAGGCGGGGUCAUCCUGGGAGCAGCGAAUCAUGAGAUGCUGGGAGAAAAGUUCCUUCUUGAUCUUGGCCUACCGGAAACAGUUUGCAAGCUGGUCAAGGGUCAUGUGGACGCGAAGCGAUACUUGGUUUAUAAGAAUGAAGACUAUAGAAAAAAUCUUUCUGAAGCGAGUAAGAUGACGCUUGUGCACCAAGGCGGCCCCAUGGAUGCAGAUGAGGCGGCAUCCUUUGAGGCAUCCCCCUACCAUGACGUCAUACUUCGCAUGAGACAAUGGGAUGAAAGGGCAAAGGUCGAAGGGAUGGAGAUAGAACCCCUCCAGAGGUACAAGGACAUGUGCAGGAGAGUCAUCGAAAACUGUUGCAAAGCGUGAUUGGCAGAAAUGGAAUGUUGUGGUUAUAUUGCCGUUAGGUCGCACGCUUAUUCGUUUGUUCCGACACUUAAUAAAGAUACGUAUGAUCUUAUCGAUAUUUGCGUUAUCACAAUCAUUAAUGUUCUUCCUGUGGGCCGUGCAUUUCUCAUAACUUCAGGAGAUAGGUAACAAUUUAAUGAACCUGAGUUGAGAGGGACACAUGUUUGACAACACCUUGGUUCAAGAAUGUAAGGACCUAGCACGAUUCGAACCCGAAACCUUAUCCUAUUCAAUGUACUGUC